CUUACGCUCUUCCGCUUCUGUUCAUGAGUUCAAAAGAGAAAACGCUUCACAAGUACACUUACUGAAAACCUAAAUCUGAAAUCAAGAAAGGUUUUUUUUUUUCCUUUUUUCCUCUUCUGUCUCUCUAAAAGUGCACUUGAGGGUUAACAAUGGAGUUAUUAAAAUUUGCUGAAUCGCCGUUGGAGUUUGAUGUGACUGUUUUGAGUAAUAAUUCAAAUGAUGAUGAGAUCUAUGAGAAAAUUGAAGCCCCAAAGUUUGUUGAUUUAUCAGCACCUGAUAGAUCUCUUCAAGUUGAUGAUCGUUCUUGGUUCUGCUUAAGAGCAGGAUGUGAUUUAAAGCAUGAAGAGGACAUCAAUCCGGAGACUCUAUACAAAGAUUUCGUUCUUCGGGUAAUGGCUGCACGGAGUCCCAAUUUUCGAUAUAGAAGACAAGCUACACGUGCGAAUUUGAAAUGCCCGCAGUCUGCACCAGCAAAAUCUUCAAAGAGGAGAUUGUCGAGAUUGACUGUAGUCACUUCCAUUUCUCAAAAGCUAGCAGAUGCCAAAGUGAAAGUUCAUCCUAUUUGUAAGUUCAACUUGACUCCAAAAGGGAAGGCGAAGAAAAUAUCCAUAUCUGGAAAAGCUUUAACUACUCCAAGGAACAAGAAAUCCUUCUCCAAUCGAGAUCCGUUUCGAAGUGUACAAAAUGUGAAAACAGCCUGUGCAAUGCCAAGGAAUAGAGUUGUCACAAAAGCCCUUGUGUUCAAUUCUCCAAAGAAAGCUGAGAGGAAGAAAAACUUGAUUGGGUGCCAGACUCCAAUGACUGCAUUAUGUUCUGAAAUGAAUAAGCUAGAGAUUACCAGUCAAGCAAAGCCAUGUAAAACAUCCAGCAGUGCCUCAUGCCAACAAAGAAAAUGCACACCUGCCUCUCAACCACUGAAAUCAAAGUUGUAUGACCAAAUUGCAGAAAAUCUUGUUGAAGUUUCUGGAGAUAGCAAGGACCCAAAAACUAAAUCCGUAAGACGGUUGAAGAGGAAAAGUAAGGGGAAAUUGCAGAAUGUCCUUGAUUUAGUUCCUCAAGAAUCCUCAGUUAAUGAUGUUACUGAUAUGGGGGUUGAUGAGAAAUCUGAAAAUAGAUCUAUUGACGUCCAUUCAGUAUCUGGAGAUUCCAAGAGUAAUGUGGAGCAUCUUGUUGCUAUAGAGGAGGAGAAUCCCAGUGCUGCAGAAGCUAUGCAAGAAGAGCACAUACCAUCUGCAGUGGUUAUAAAUUCAGGAAACAGUUUGGAAGAAGAAGAUGCUAAAGAAAUUCAAGAGACUGAAUUAGAGGUAGAUGAGAAUUACGAAGGCAAUACACUCGAGGGAAGUGUGAAGUCUCAUACUGAGGAGUUGGAUUCAAAAGACAAUGACGUUCCUACGACUCAACCUUUGGGCAAGGAUGAAGGUAUAGAGACUAAUGGCAGUGAUGAUAAAGAAAAUGCAUAUGCGGAGAACAGUGAUUCCAACCACAACGAUGAGAAUUCUCAAAGAAAUAUAAAUCAUAGCGAGCAUUCUGAAAACCUUCGAAAGGUUAAUGGCAAAGAGGGUAAAUCUCUCAAAGGAAGUUGUACCGCACCUGCUAAUGGGGGUCCCCUUGAAGUGAAGCACAGGAAAACAAAGCUGACAAAUCCUAAGCCUUUUCGACUUAGGACAGAUGAAAGAGGAAAUGUUAGAGAAGCGAAGAUGGAAAGAAGGCUUCUCCAAGACCCUUUGAGAGAAAUUAAGUUGGGUCCAAAGGUUGCAGAUGGAGUGCAAGAAAGGCAUGAAAACGAGAUAGAAUUGAAAGAGAAGUCGAGUAAACACUGUACACGUGAAAAUAAUAAUCAAGAAGUCAAGCCUACUGAAACAGGAAAACGUACUAAGAAGAUUCAUUACCGACAAGUCAAGUCCAAAUACCUUGACACUUCAAAAUGUGCAGCAGAGACAAAAAUGGCUGCAACCACCACACAGAAACUUAGAAAGGUUGAAGAUGGUGAGGAGAACGCAGCUCAAAAACUGCAGAGACGGACCACUAAAUCUCAGUUGUUGCGGGAACAACUUGUUAGGCCUCAAAGGGUGUUUGGAACUAGGGAACCAAAACCAUCAUCUCUAGUCUCACUUGUUCGAUUGGGCAUUAUCAAGGAAACUUCAUCGACUGUUUCAAGACCAACGGAAGUUAAGGUAGAGACGGUUGGACCCAUUACUGCCACCACAAAACCUGCUGGUAGGUCUAUUUCACGAGGACGAAGGCCUACAACAGUUGCAAAGGAACCAAACUUUCAUAGGAUACAUAUACCAAAGAGCUGCACAAAGACACCAGAAAAGUUGGCAAGUAUACCAGUGUAACUGUUCGUGUAUUCCAUCAUCCCCGUGUUCAAUGAAAAAUUGAAUUAUAAGCUAUUUUGUUUUCAUGAUAUUCAAAUUUUUAGAAAAUCUGUUCAGUUUGUUUGUUGUAAUGGCAGAGUGCUCAAGCUUGUGUAUUAUUCUUUUGAUUUUAUGUAUCAUAUAACAGUUCUUCACCAUUCUCUCCUUUUGAGUCUAUGGGCUUUAGCUCUGUAAAGGUGAAU